AUGGGUCGUCGUAGUCCGAAGCAUACCACCGUUGAGUACGUUGAUCUACCACCCAGAAGAUCACCGCCCAGAGGACCACCACCACCAAAAAGAAAAAGGCUGAUGCCACCGAAGCCGAAGCCGUCCUGGCCUGGAGAGAGAUUCGAGGAGGGACGGAUCACUGAUGUGUACUAUACUCAUGAAGGCUAUGAAUCACAUCGCGUCGAUACUUGGGAUUGGAUUCCGAUUAUUGAGAAUUUUGAACGUGGCACCAUCAGCCAAAUGGAGCCAGCCGGCCACUCAAGCGCAACACAUAACAUCGUUGUGCCCGUCGCCAACCAUCCACAGCCAUCACCACCAGCCGCCGCUCCACUAGCCCCAUCAACACCGAUGGGAUCGACUGGAGCAACGAUGCGCGAGGACGGUGCCACGUUGUCACCCCCAAACACUUGGUCCUCGUCAUCGGUGGAAUUUCUGGAUGAUACGGAGGAUAAUCGGCUGCUCUUCACCUGUACAUUCACCAUUCCACACGGCACAAUCCUCUCGUCAACCCUGUAUUCGGAGAACUUCAAUGAGCAAUAUCUCGAGAUGGGAACCAACUUUUUGGCGAGAUUGGAGCCAAAAGGACAGAGUUUCAUCUUGUCAGCUGCGGCAGCAUCGGUCAAGCAGAGAAUUUUCGCCAGAGUUUUGAUGCCAGACAACCAACUGCGAGCAUGCGAGCUCUUGUGCGAGUUUGAGCACGAUCGUGCCAAGAUCACAGUUCUUGCCUUGCGAUCCGCUUUCAACCCACAAGGAUCACAUGUGUCGUCCCACUUCCACGUGUUCACCUUCAUCACAAAGCACUCGUCAACAUGUGCUCUUACUCAUAUUGAUUACGCCUCAAUUCCCUAUCUUGGUCUUCUCCCAACCGAUCUCAUUGGUAAAAGUCUUCUAGCAUUCGUUUAUACUCCAGAUGUUCACGUCGUCCGACAGGCUCAUGUUGAUUUACACAACUCCCGCGGCAAAAUCGUGAAAUCCAUCGCCGAUCUUCGCCUAGUAGCUCACAAUGGUUCGAUUCUCCGAUGCCAGACCGAAUGGAGCGCCUAUGUGAAUCCAUGGACCCGUAAGAUGGAAUUGGUCGUUGCCAGACACCGAAUCUGUUCGUUGCCCAUCGGAGACGCUGAUGUCAUUUCCGCGCCGCCAGUCGGUCUUCAAUCCAAGACUCUGCCUACAGUAAUGGCGAAGACAUUUGAGGAUGAGCUCAGAACGAUUAUGAAUAAGGUUAGUAGUUUUCUGAUAAUUGUGAUAGCCCUGAGAAUCCGCUUCAAUUAA